UCAGAUCGUUCUCUUGUUGAUUUGCAAACUUCAGAAAUGAAUAACAGGAGAGAACAUCGGAUUAUAGUGUAUAAUAAUCUGUACAAGAAAUAUUUGAGGUUUAUGAAGAAGACUAGUGUUCAGAGAACUCGAAACAGGUUAUUGAAAAGCACAAAUAGUGAAUUAUCCAAGGAAAUUAUUAGAUUGAAAGAGGAAAUAAGGAAGUCAAUGUCGAUAAAUUCCAAUUUAAAAACUGAAAUACACGAUCUCACUAUAGAUACAAGACAUUUAAUGGAUGAUAACAAAGGACUUUACAACACAUUGACUACUCUUCACAAAGAUACUAAGGCAUUUGAGAAAAGGAUUAGCAACUUGUUGAAUAGCUCAGACCCUGAAAUUCAAUCAUUUGAAACCCAAAAAGUGAAUGGAAUAAAGAAUCCGAAGGAUGUUCACCAGCAGCUACCUGAAACUAAUUAUCAUAGGUACAAUUUUAAAGACUUCAUUUAUAUUCAAGAUCUUUCUCCGAUCAUGGAAGAAAAUAUUGAGGUUAACAAAAAGUUGAUUAAGCCUUCAGAUGUUACUAGAAGAUUGGGUCAUCGUGCAAAACUAACCCACGCUGACAAAUGUUCUGAAAAUGUAGAAGUUAAUGGAUCAGUAUUUGACGAAGCUGCUGAAACCAACACAGUUAACUGCUCCCCAUCGUCAGCGAGGGUGCAGAAUUUCUCCAAAGAAAUAAAAAAUGUAGGAAAACCAUCCAUGAUUGUUGAAGAAGAGAUUAUACCAAAUAUUGUUGGUGUAUAUUGUAAAGAAUUAUUGUCCUCACCAUCAGAAUCAAAUGAAUCGAUUAGUAUGAAUGUGGAUGAAUCGAUAUUAUCAUCUAGCCUGCUUAACCAUUCUGAAAGUCGAACUAUACCCAUGUUCAAAAAUGAAAAUGAUGGUUUAUCUCCCAUUCCAAUCAUUGAGAUUGUUCCGCCAUCUGAUAGUGAUAAUACUUUAAAUGAAAAAGAGGAAAAUAUUUUAAAUGAAAAUGAUGAAAGUACCUUAAAUGAAACAGAUCAAAAAGACUUCCGCUCUACUCUUUUUGUUAAUGUAUUCCCGAGAAGGAGAAUGAUAAAUAAUAGAAGUAGUUCCUCACUUGGAAGUGCUGUAGAGGAAAGCAGUGGGGAACAAAAUAGUACAAACAUUGAAAAAGAAAAUUUAUCUCCCAGGGUUUCAACAAAUUCUUUGAAAAAUGAUCCGGAGCAAAGCAACAUUAUCACGAUCAGAAGUGAUUCAUUUCUCAAAAAUAAUUUAACUAUAAACCAUGAAAAUAAUAGUGGCCUGGCAUCGGAAAUAUCUCAGCAAGAAGAGAGUAUAAUAGGAAAAACCUGCUCAGACAUUCGUCAUGGCGUGAAAACCGUCGCUGCAGGCGGUAAUGCCAGGGAUGGAAGUAACAUGGAAAUGUCCUUAAUAUUGGAAACAAAGGAAGCUCAAAGCUCUAAAAAAUCUACCUUAGACACCGACAGUAAAUCAACACUAGAAAAGAGAAGUGAGAUUAAAAAAUUAUCAAGAACUGCUGAUAGAAACUCAGUAAAUAGUUCUAAGCAUGUAACUCCAGGGAGAAAAUCAUCAGAAGAUUCAAAGAAAGCUCUAAGGCCAAAGAAGGCAUUAAACUUGGCAGAAUCUCCAGUUAAGAAAACACACCAGAAAAGGAAACAAAAGUUGGAUAAAGCUGUUAAAUAAUUAUUUUAAUCGAUAUUUAUUAUAUAUAAAUGGAUAUUUUAAAGAUUUAAUCAAUUCAUUACCGACUGAAGGAAUUUUUAAUUUUUAGUGUUGAAAAAAUUUAAACAACACAAUGACUGAAG